AUGAUAUUCAUAACAUUUUUAUAUUUAAAUUUAUUUAUUAUUUUUAUAUUUUUAAUUACAAAAAUUUGUAACGGAAUUAUGUUAUGUGAAGUUCAAGGAACUUGUUUAAAAUGUCCAGAUGGCCAUAUUAGUCAUUUUAUUUGUCGAAAUAAUGAAGAUUGUUUUAGAGAAGAAUAUUGUUAUUUAAAGAGGGGAUUUUGUUGUUUAAAUAAAAAUACUUCUACAAAUUCUAAAAUAAUUUUAAAUAAAUGCCCGGAUGGUUCUAGAUUUGGGAAAUUGUGUAAAAUAGAUGUUGAUUGCCUUUUUAAGGAUGAAAUUUGUAUUGAAGGGAAGUGUUGCCCUUCUUGUAGACAAAGACGUUUAUUGGCUUUAAGAGAACUUAGAAGUAUUGGAAUAUCUUUUUUUAAUAAAGAAGAAGAAAAAGAAAGAAAAGAGGAAGAAUUUAUACCUCAAUGUAAUGAUGAUGGAAAGUAUUUUCGUCCAAUGCAAUGUGUUGCCCAUUCAGGAGAGUGUUUUUGUGUUGAUAAAUUUGGAAGAAAAAAUAUUAAAAAUAAUUUACUAAAAGAAAAUAUAUUAGUAAAUUGUUCAAUUAUUAGAGAAAAACAAGAAGAAAUAAAUAAAGAAGAAAAUAAAUUAAUUAGUAGUACAAAAAUAGCUUUAAAUAAAGAUAAAGAAAUAAUUAAUAAUAAUUGUACAGAUCCUUUACGUGAAUUUCGUUUGUUUUUAAAUUUAAAUUUUAAAAUUAAAAAAAUAAUUAAAGAUAAUUGUGGAAGUAUUUGCCCUAUUUCUUGUUUUUCAAAAAAUAAUUUAUUUAAAUGUCCACAACAAGAACAAUGUAUGAAAGGUUGUUUUUGUCGUUUACCUUUUGUUUUAUUAGAUUAUUCUAAACCUUUUAAUUCACCUUGUGUUCUUCCGUCAGAAUGUCCAUUACUUUCAUUUACUUCAGAUUUAAAUAAAUGGAAUAAUGGGGGGUUUUUUCCUUCAUUUACCCCAACAACAACAAAAACAAAUAAAAUAAAUAAAAAUAAUAAAUGUAAAGAUUCUUUUAAAAAUUAUCAAAAUUGUGGGAGUGCUUGUCCUACUGGUUGUGGAAGAUUAUUGUUACCUUCUAAUAAUAAUUUUGAAGAUGAAGAUAAUAAUUCAUGUUCUUCUAAUUGUGUACCUGGAUGUUUUUGUCGAAUUCCUUACGUUUUGCGUGAUCCAAAUGACCUUAAUUCGGAGUGUAUAUUACCCAAAUUCUGCCCUUUACAACAAUUUGCACUGCAAAUACCUCAACAAAUUUCAUCAAAUAAUUCCUCUAUUAAAGAAGAAAUACUUCAAAAAAAUUCAACAACACAAUUAGUAGUUAAAAGAAAUGGGGAAAGUGAAAGAGAAAAAUGUGAAAAUGAUUUAACAAAAGAAUUUUUAAAAUGUGGUUCAUCUUGCCCUCUUGGUUGUGAUCAAUUAAAUCGCCCUUUUCGUUUUUGUUCUCCUUGUAUUUCUGGAUGUUUUUGUAAAAAUGGUUAUAUUUUUGUAAAUUCUUCUGAAUGGGAAAUAUCCGAAUGUAUAUUACCUUUAAAUUGCCCUCCUCCUCAAUUAUUUAAUAUUACAAAAUUAACGGCAAUUCAAGAAAAAGAAAAUUGUGGAGAAGCUUUAGCUAUUGCUAAUCUUUAUAAUAAAGAAGGAAAAAGAAUUGGGAAAUUAAUUGUUAAACCUGAAAGGAAUGGAGAAUUUGGAGGAGGAGAAGGGGAAAUAAAUACUCGAAAGUAA